GCAGGUCAGCAGGGGUCAUGAGGGUGUCGAAGGCCCCGGUCGCUGUUCAGAGCAGCUGAAGCCGACAUGGGCAGAGAAGUCUCGGAUGGCAACGAUAGGCUCAGCCUCAUCGACUUCACCAGCUACAUCCUCCUUCGCCACAACCCCCACUGGCUUCGAAUCAAGUUCUCUCCCAGCACCUCCCAGUAAGACUUUGCAAUGAGAAUGUCCGAUACCGCCGACAGUGAAGCAACGAAGGUUUCCGAGGCCACUGACCCGGCGUCAUCUCCAAAUGACAACGCCACCAAGUCUGAGGUUUCAGACCCCAGCCAGAGCUGCAGAGAUGAGCAAGGCAGCAACAGUAAGAGGGACGUACAGCCUGUGAAGUACUCUAAGUCCAACACCAGGCUAAAGCUCGUGCGGAGCCUGGCAGUGUGUGAAGAGUCCUUCCCUUGCCCUAUCCCUGAGCCUUCAGCAGCACCUCAGGAUGGAUUCCUUCUCCAGCCCUUUGAAAAGGAAGAACGAGGUAUGCAGGACCAAGCUGAGAAAGAGGACGUCUGUGACAAGGUGGAAAAACCCGAGAAAACGCAGAGGAAAAGGCUGUCGAGAGAUUCCAGUCAAGACUACACAGAUUCAACUGGCAUAGAUCUCCAUGAGUUCCUGGUCAACACACUGAAGGGCAACCCUAAGGAUCGAAGCAUGCUUCUGAAACUUGAACAGGACAUCUUGGACUUCAUCAGCAAUAACGAAAGUCAAAAGAGAAAGUUUCCACCCAUGACGCCUUACCAUAGGAUGCUGUUACAUCGAGUGGCAGCCUACUUUGGAAUGGACCACAAUGUGGACCCCAGUGGAAAAUCAGUGGUUAUCAACAAAACCACCAACACUAGAAUACCCGAUCAGAAAUUCUCCGAGCACAUCAAGGAUGACAGGGCGGACGAUUUUCAGAAACGCUACAUUCUCAAACGAGACAACUCCAGCUUUGAUCGUGAAGACAGCACGAUUCGAAUGCGUUUGAAAGCUGACAAGAGGAGCAAAUCGAUGGAGGAGCGGGAGGAGGAGUACCAGCGAGCCAGAGAAAGGAUAUUUGCACAUGAUGUAGAUCACUAUAUACUAGAUAGAAGUGCGCAGGAUGAAGAUGCAUGCAUGAGCACCCAACAGAGGCGGCAAAUGUUCAGGCUACGGGCCGGCCGGUCAGGUGCCAGCAGACAGAGCAGCUCAGAGACAGAAACGCGGCACGGCGAGCCUCGGCCGUGGAGCAGCACCGACAGCUCGGACAGCUCCAACCGGCUCGCCCCGCGCCCCGCCAUGACCAAGGCCAGCAGCUUCAGUGGCAUCUCCCCGGGCCUCGUCCGAGGGGACAGCACAGCCAGCAGCAAGAGCACCGGGAGGCUCUCAAAAACAGGUUCAGAAUCAUGCAGUAGCGUCGGGUCCUCGUCCAGCUCGCUAUCCCGUCCACAGCUGCCUCUCCCAGUUUCAGCAGCGACCCGAUCCAACAUCCUCAACACGCAAUUAAUCCACCCGGCCGCUGACACCAGAGGCCCUGGACACCCUGAGAUGAUCAAGAGCAUCCCCUCGCAGCCACCACCCGCUUUAGACACAACCAACUUCUACGUGUUGCCGUUGGAACCCUCAGCGAUACCACCCGGCAGCGUUCUAGUCAAUCCACACACAGGCAAGCCUUUCAUCCAUCCCGAUGGCAGCGCUGUAGUUUAUAACCCGGCAAGCAUCGUCCCCGCUGCUGGCAGGAAUCCACAGCAGGGGAAACCCCCACAGCAGCCGAUCUCUGCCGCAAGCCAGCAGCAGACGACCAAUCAUCUGCACUCCCAGCCGAUCUGUCCUCUCCAGCCGUCCUCUGAGCCUGUCCACAACCCAAUGGUCUCUUAUCCUCUUCCUCCUUCUCAGUUCCUGCCCAUCUGUCCUAACCAACAGUACACUGUGCCUGACGUCCUGAACGCCCAGUUCAGUCACAUGACUCUGACGCAGCAGCCGCCCAGCGACAGCGGAGCCACAGCUCAAGACACCCGCCACUAUCCGACUGUAUACCACCACCACCACCACCCCUCCCCUCUGGUACUGCAGGGAGCCCCUCCGCAGCAGGUUACUGGCUACAUGAUGGCAGGGCCAUCAGGAGGACACUCAGGGGUGCUGCAGGGUCAUCCCAUCCCACUCCCAACUCCAGGCCCCAACCAAGCAUAUCCCAGCUCCACACCGGGCCCCAAUGCUUUUCCCGGGUCCGCGUUGAACCCGCCGUUCCAGCAGCAUGCUUACUUCCAGCAGCCUGUACAGCAGAUGUCCACAUGUUACUGCUCUUCAGCCCACCACCCACACUGCUCCACUCAGCAUCAUCAUCAUCAUCAGCAGCAGCAGCAUCAGCAGCAGCAGCACCACCACCACCACCACUACCGACCCCCCGUCAACACGCUGCCCUAUAACUGCCCUCAGAGCCAAAACCUGCCCCAGCAACAAGUGCACCAAGCAGUGAUGCCAAACCCAGCGUCCAGCUACCAGACUGUAGUGGGCGUGCAGCCAACACCCAACCUCGCCCUCACUGGCAACCAGCAAAGCAAUAUGGGCAACCAGAUGCAAGGCAUGAUGGUCCAGUACCCUCCAAUGCAGUCUUAUCAGCAGGUUUCUCUGCCACAGCAGACGUACCAGCAGCCAGUGUUUGUGUCCUGCCAGCCGGGACAGGGGGCAAUGGCUGUUGCUGGCAUGUCGCCCUACUACAGCCUGCUCCCCCAGAACCAGCACACCACCAUGAGUUCAACAGUGAGUUUCCUGCCCACCCAGAUGAUGGAGCAGCUCCAGUUUCCCCAGUCCUCGUCCCCUUGUGUCUCCCAGCAGCACCCAGGCCAACAGUACGCAGGGUUGUUACCACCGGCCCCCAGCAGUGGCAUGGUGAUGCUGCAAAUGACAGCGCCCCCAUGCCAGCAGCCCCGGGCCCCCUCCCCCUGCCAGCGGAAACAGCCCGGCUACAAACACCCAGGGCCCGAGAACCAGCGCAGCCGCAGGCCUGCUGAGCUCCCACCGCUUCCAGACAUCACCCAGAGCAGCCUGCCCUCGUCCCCGGCGCUCACUCCCUCGCCAGGCCAGCUGCCCAGCGUCAAGGGCCUCCCACCAGGCAUCUCGCCCAUCCCUGUCAUGGCCCACCACCCCCAGCUCCCUACAGCCUUCUGCCACAGUGGACAAGGUGAAGCCCACUACUCUCUACUGGGCCAACCUCUGCAUUACAAACCCUCCAUCAGACAUCCGCUGAUCAACACUGCCCACAUGGUUACCAAACACCAGGGUCCACUGGGGGUUUGGCGUAGCGGUCAUGGGAGGAAGGCCAGCAGAAAAUCUCUGUCUUCAGAUCUCAGUGUAGGUGAAGCAGGUAAUAGGAAGUCCAGAGGGAGGCUUGAGUUCAGGGAACCUCGUGUCACCGGCAGUCAGACCUCUUCUCUACGGCAAGAGGCGCCCGAUAUCAACCUUGUAUAGCUUCAUAGCUAUGUGCAGGAAUUCAGGCAAUAUGCUGUCAAACAUCAGGUUUGAAGACGCCAGUCAUAAAACGGAAACGAAUCCCGUGAUAAAUCCAGCUGCUGCGUCGUCUGUUUGGCAGAUUACCUGAAAUAACGCCACAUUUCUUUAUUGUGUCAGAAUAUGCUUGCUGCGCUCCGUUGCUGUGCGAGCAGGCGUCGUGUUUGUAAAUGUAAGCAGAAUAAAUUACAGACGGGGCAGAAUCCACACCUGGCAGUGCAACCUGCAGCCCUGGCGGUAUUGGUGCUGAAAGAAAUGUGCUGAUUAUUUCAAAUAUUGUGGCGUAAUUAUUUUUUUUGCACUCGCUGAGCUGUUUAUUUUUUCUGCAUUAUUCAGGUGCUCACGUCAACAAUCCCUCCAUUAGAAACAAUCUUAUUUUUUUAUAUUUUAAUCAAUCAAGAAGCAUUAAAAACACAGCUAUUGCUUUAUAUUAUUUUUCUUGAGCACACUGCAACAGGUUUGACCGUCGAUCGAACCCGAACACUUAAAAGCUGACUGCAGCAGUUUAUUGAAGCCUCCC